AUGCAUGGACCGUUGUGUUUUCUCCCCUUCUUUCUCCAAUACAUCCCACUGCAGGUGAAGUACCAGGCAGAAGAGUUUCUGGUGAAGAACCUUGACGCGUUGGUGCCAGAGCAUGAGGAGCUGCUGGCUCGCUCCCACUCUGACUUUGUGCGAACGCUCUUCCCACCCCCGGAAACUGGCAAGGCGGUGAAGGCUGUCUCCCUGGGAAAGAGAUUCAAGGAGCAACUGGGCGAGUUGAUGCGCACGCUGAAUGCAACAGAGCCGCACUACGUGCGGUGUGUGAAGCCCAACAAGGACCUCAAGCCACAAAAGUUCUCCAACACACUCGUGGUGGAGCAAUUGCGAUCAGGGGGUGUGCUAGAGGCAGUGCGCCUGUGCUCUACAGGUUACCCGGCUCGGCGCACGUUUGAAGACUUUGAGGCGCGGUUCAGCCUGCUGCUGCCGAGCCCAGACAGGAAGAGGCUAGCCGGGCAACAUCAGGAGAUUAUCAGUGCAGUCAUGGCGCAGGCAGAACUGCAGGACUACCAGAGUGGCAAGACAAAGGUGUUUAUGAAGGGCGUGCAGCUGGUGACGCUUGAGUCUCUCCGUCUUGACCGCAUGAACCUCGCUGCCACCAAGAUCCAGAGAGCCGUGCGGCGAUUCCUGUGGAAGCAGGAGCGCAAGCGGGCUGCGAUUGUCAUUCAGAAGCACUGGAAAGCCUACCGGGCUAGGAAGCUAUUGAGGGAGUUGAGGGAGGACGCAGCAGCCCUUGUCAUUCAGAAGCACGUGCGGCGAUUCCUAAUGGAGAAGCGCUUCUGGGAGCUCAAGUUUGCAGCGAUUGUGAUUCAGAAGAACGUGCGCAUGCAGCAGGCCAGAAAACGAUACAUCCUGCUCAGGAGGACGCUGGCUACCAUUGUCAUUCAGCGCUGCUGGGGGGUGCACAGGGUGCGCAAGCUGUGGAGCGCCAUGCAGCGGUGCCUGCAGGUGAAGGUGAAGUGGUCACCUCAUCCCUUGUCCCCGUUGAACCCCGCACCCUUCCCCCUCCCCCACCUCCCACCUGCAGCGCUACUGGCGGGGAUGCAGGGUGAGCAAGCUGCUGGGGGCCAUGAGGCGGUGCCUGCAGGUGAAGGUGAAGUGGUCACCUCAUCCCUUCUCCCCAUUCCCCUCGCUCCCCUCAAUCGCCUCCUGAUCCUCUCUCACCUACAGCGCUACUGGCGGGGGCAUAGGGUGCGCAAGCCGUGGGGUGCCAUGAGGCGGUGCCUGCAAGUGAAGGUGGCUCGUAUGAGACUGAAGAAGAUGAAGGAGGUGAGCGGUGGAGGGAAUGAGGGGAGGUUGCUAGUGUUAGAGCCUUGGUGGGAUGGGAAAAGAGCACAGCUGGCAGCGCAUCCUCCCCUCCCCUGCCCCCUGCAGGCAGCACAGCUGGCAGCGCUGCUUUGCUUGCUCUGUCCCUUCCUUUCCCUAACCCCUUUCCUCUCACUGCCUCUGCUUUCGUCCCACCUCCUGCUCAUCCUCCUCCCUUUUCCAUUUUGCUGCACAGCGGGCGGCACUGCUUGCUCAGCCGCGCACCAAGGUGGAAGCUUCCAUGGACGAGCUGCGCUUCACUGUGCUGCACUGCACCUCCUCGAGCCUUCUUCCCCCAACUCCGUAUUCUCCCAUCCGGUUGCCUCCCCACUCCUGCCUCACCUGCAGGCGGCACAGCGGGCGGCACUGCUUGCUACCCCGCGCACCAAGGUGGAAGCUUCCAUGGACGAGCUGCGCAUCGCUAUGCUGCGUGGCCUCAAGGUAUGCUGGUGGUUGGCAGUGCAGAGGGCUGGACAAGAAUGUCUUGUCCCUCUGCCCCUCUGCCCGCGCACCAACCAAGGUGGAAGCUUCCAUGGACUGGACGAGCUGCGCAUCGCUAUGCUGCGUGGCCUCAAGGCUGUCAGGGCGCACCUGGGUGUGUUGGUGUGUUGGUAUGCUGCGCUUCACUAUGCUGCGCUUCACUAUGCUGCGCUUCACUAUGCUGCGCUUCACUAUGCUGCGCUUCACUAUGCUGCGCUUCACUAUGCUGCGCUUCACUAUGCUGCGCUUCACUAUGCUGCGCUUCACUAUGCUGCGCUUCACUAUGCUGCGCUUCACUAUGCUGCGCUUCACUAUGCUGCGCUUCACUAUGCUGCGCUUCACUAUGCUGCGCUUCACUAUGCUGCGCCGCAUCAAGGUGCGUCUCCUGGGGGGGCUGCACUGCCCUCUCAAAUCCAAUCGUGGCCUCUCCCUUUCCUUCCCCCCUUCCUCCCCACCCUCCCUCCCCAGCAACGCGAGGAGAAGAAGCGGCAUGAGGCAGAGGAGUCACAACGCGAGGAGAAGAAGCGGCAUGAGGCAGAGGAGUCAGUGAAGCGCCUCAUCCACGAGAUGGCAACACUCAACCAGGAACUCUCCUCUUCCAAUUCUGUCCUUCCAAUCCCCCUCCUGCCCCUUCCAUUCCCUCCUUCCACACAGCAACGCGAGGAGAAGAAGCGGCAUGAGGCAGAGGAGUCAGUCAAGCGCCUCAUCCACGAGAUGGCAACCUUAAACCACGAGAUCUCUCAGCUAAAAGCCGCUCUUAACAAAGAGAAGCACCGGGCAGAGAAAGCCGAGGAGCUCCUGAGACUCGUCCCCCGCAGCGUUUUACAGCAGACUGUCGCACACCAGGGCUUCCCCCGUGCCCUUUCCCGGACUGGAAGUGUUUCCUCUUAUAGCAACUACCUCCGAUCCAGGGGUCCCACUGCCCCGUCCAGCCCCAAGGUUGAAGGAGGUGGGUGGGGAGCAGGGACCGGAGGGGAAGAAGGGGGAAGAGGAGGAGGCGGGGGAGCGGGAGCGAAGGCUACUGGGAGUGUUUUGUCUGCAGCAGCAGCGGCGCUUGGCGGCGGGCAUAGCAGCAGCACGGGGGGUCCAACAGAGCAUCCCACAGAGCAUCCUGAGUUGAGAAUCCCGGUUGGUCGAAGCAAAGGCGGAGGGGGAUCAGUGCCUGCAGCCCGGUCUCUCCGACCCAGCCCGAGCGCCAAAAUCUCGCCUUCUUUCUCCUCCGCAUCCUCCUCCCUGUCGGGAAGUCCAGCGGGGUUAGUGCCUUCUGCUCGAUCUCUCCGACCCAGCCCGAGCGCCAGAAUCCCGUCUUCUUCCCCCCCUUCCUCCAUGUCGGGAAGUCAAGCAAUUGGGCGCGGUUCAGUGGUUAAGCCGCCGCCGUCUCGAGGCCCUAGCGUGGGCGGCAGCGGUGGUGGUGGUGGUCCCGGCUGUAGCGGCGAUGGGAUGCACAGCCCGCUACAGCCGGGCCCAGAGCUGCUUGUUGCUGCUGGGGAGCAGACUGGGAGCCUAAGUGCUGGUAGUGAUGGUUCUGGUGAUGGUGGUGCUGCAGUUGCCACUGUAGCCACUGCUGACGUGGCUGGUGCUGACGUGGCCGGUGCUGAAGUGGCGAAUGCUGACGUGGCUGGUGCUGUUAAAACCGGGCUGGGAGCAGACCUGGACGGAGUGCGGCACUCGUGGAAAGUCCUCGCGACCCUGUCUGAUGAUGACGUGACAGCUCCUCCUGCUGCUGCUGAUGCUGCUUCUGAUCCUCCUCCUCCUCCUGCUGCUGCCUGGCAGCAGGCUUCCCAAGGCAGUCGAAGCACCUCCCACGUGGUCAGCGGCACCACCCGCAGCAACAGCAUGCAGAAAGCGUUAGCAGGCACGGGAAGCAUGUCAAUGAAGGAAGGCAGGUGGGGAACUGCUGGGGGAAUCGGCAGCAGCAGCAGCAGCAGGAACCUUGGGGGGAACAGCAGCAAGGGUUAUGUAGGGAGCGGCAGUGGCAGUGGGAGCGGAAGCAGGAGCGGGAGGGGGAUCGCAGGCAGCAGGUCGAUGCGGUGGGGCGCACAUGCGUCUCGGCUGAGCCAUGUGUCUACUGCAGGAGAGGUAUCUGCUGCCAUGGGGAUCUUCAUGGUUGCUACAACUCGGGAGGAGGGCUUGGGAGGUCUGAAAGAGGACGGAGCAGAGGGAGGAGGAGGCGGAGGAGGAGCAGGAGAAGCGACAGCAGGAGGAGCGGAAGCAGGUGGGAAAAGCAGCAGCCCUUGGUCUCGCGUGCGUGCUCUGGCCCCCAAGAUUCUGCAAGUCGCGUCUGAAACAGGCACAGGAGGAGGAGGAGCAGUAAGAGGAGCAGGAGGGAUGGGCAUGGGCAUGGGAGGGGGUCCAUCCUCGUCAUGGAGUGGCAUGUUUGCAGCUAUGGCGCGCAGUGUGGUACAGUUAGAGGAGCUUAGAGAAGAGGUGGUGGCGAUGAGAGGGGCUUUGGGGGAGACGGAGAGGAGGCUGCAUGAGGCGGAGGAGAGGGCGGAGAGGGCGGAAGGGGAGGUGCGGGAGAAGGGAGAGGAGGUGGAGGAGUUGAGAGGGCAGGUGGGCGUGCUUAUGGAGCGACUCAAGAGCAAGGACAACGAUGUGCGCCAGCUGUCAGAAACCCUCUCGCAGCACCGCGCCCAAGCGGCCUCUGCUGCUGCUGCUGCUACCGCACAUUCUGCGAGCACAGCUGCCAUUUCCGCACAUGCUGGUGCGCAUUCUGCAGGGGGAUCAGCAGCAGCGGCAGCAGGAGGAGGAGCAGGGUUCAAUCCUGCUCUGGCCCGAUUGGCAGCGGCCAGUCUGGGUCCUUCGAAACCCGUUGCCCCUCUUGGUGGUAAGGCGGCCCCCAGUGGUGGUGUUUCCCCCCGCCCCAUUCCCUCCAUCUCCGUUCACUCCUCCUACCCCCAGCCCCCCACCUCGCCAACUCACCCCCAGCAACAAGCAGCAGGAGUAGCAGCAGGGGUAGCAGCAACAGCAGCAGCAGCAGCCGCAGGAGCAGGAGCAGGAACAGCAGGAGAGACAGAAGCACAUUUUGGAUCAGAAUCGAGAGCAACACAGUCAGGAGCAAUAAGUUUGGGAGCAGGAGACGGAGAGACAGGAGAGGCGGGGUCAAAGGAUUCAGAAGGAGCAAAGGAUUCGGCAUCAGCGCUUGCGGUGUGGAGUGUGGCUCGAGUGGCCAGUGCGAGUGGGGAGAUGAUGGAAAACGCAUCAAAAUCGCUGGCUGCUAUUGCGUAUGAUGACGCUGCCAUUGCUCGCAUUCAGGAAAAGCCCCCGGAGUCCGUUCUCAUAUUCCUAACCACGCACAUCAUCGGCCUUUCCCCCCAAGGCCUCCCUCUGGCCGCCCCAGCCAUCUAUCGCACCCUCCUCCACUUUGGCGCCUUCCCCCCCGCCUCCUCCCCCUCCGCCCCGGCCCUCCUCUCCUCCACCGUUCGCCACCUGCAAGCCGCCAUCCUUCCCGAAGAGGAAACCCUUUCUAUUUCGGGAGAAGGGGUGGGGCCGGGCGGAGUGCCGGCUGUGAGGGUGAACGAGCAGUGCUACUGGCUGUCGAAUGUCUCGUGUCUGAUGUUGCUGGUUGAGGUGGUGUACAAACCUGCUGCUGCUGCUGCAGCAGCAGAAAAGCCCAAGACUGCUGCUGGCUCCAACUGGUUCACAAACAUGUUUCAGGCCCCUUCAUUCAGCGAUGCGACUCGUCAGCAUCAGCAGCAUCAACAGCAGCAGCAGCCAGCGCUGGGCGCGGUUGAGUUCCUGGUGUUCAAGCAGGAGCUCGCAGUGCUGCUCGAUGACGCCUUUCUGGAGCUCCGUGCUUCCGUCAACCUCGAAUUGCAAACCCUUGUCUCGCUCCUAGCACAGAGCCCCACCGCCAACGCGCAGCACAUGCGCGAGUUCUGGGCGGCGGCGCUUGUCUCGUUGCGGAGCACGGUGGGCUGCAUGCAAGCCAACCGCGUGCCGACUGUGCUGGCCCGCCACCUCCUCUGGCAGGUGCUGCACUUCCUGGACGUGCGCCUCUUCAACGGCCUCAUGCUGCGAAGCCACUGGUGUCCCAUCACACUCGCCAACGGAGAAGCAAUGGAGCAAGGGCUGCUGGCGCUGGAAGCAUGGCUGUCAGAGCACGUGCACCCGUGGCUUGAUGGAGCAGCAGCAGGCAUGGGCAUGAGCAGGAGCGUGGGGAGCCUCGGAGCCGGCACUGCUGCUGGAAGCGUGGGAGGAGGGUCUCGUGCCCUGCUGAUAGAUGCCCUACAGCAUACAUACCAGGCAGUGGUGCUGCUGACCUCGAAGCAAAAGGCACGGAAGACCAUGGAGGAGGUGGUGUCAAUGUGCCCCUCGCUCAACUUCACACAGCUCACCAUCCUGUGCUCGUGGUUUGAGGACGAGGUGUAUGGCUCGAGAGGGUUCGACAGGGCCGUGCUGCAGCAGCUGAGAGGAGCAGGGGAGGACUACGAGUCUGAAUUGCUCGAGGCGUUUGAAGGUCACGGAUCCGCAUGCACCCCGCCAAUGUCUGUCACACCCCUCUUCACCCCUCUUUGCCCAUCGUCACCCCUCCACACUCCCAUCCUGGCCAUGCACCCCCACAGCUGUGGUGGCAGCAGUGCCACCCAUCAACUCAUUCCCCAUCCACUAAGUCUCUUUCACGCCCAUCCACACCCCGCCAAUGCCUGUCACACCCCUCUUCACCACUGUUCACCCCUCUUCAUCCCUCCUCACCCCCUCCCCACCCCCAGCCUGCCAUUCACCCCCACGGCUGUGGUGGCAGCAGUGCCGCCAAUCAACCCGUUCCUCGUGCCACCGCCGCAGUUCCUCCCUCCCGCCCCUGCAUUCGACUUCCUUCGCCAACAGCAGCUGCAGUAA